AUGGUCUCUAUCUCCUGACCUCGUGAUCCGCCCGCCUCGGCCUCCCAAAGUGUUGGGAUUACAGGCGUGAGCCUCCGUGCCCGGCCUAUUUAUUUAUUUAUUUUUUAGAUGGAGUCUUGCUCUGUCACCCAGGCUGGAGUGCAGUGGUGCGAUCUUGGCUCGCUGUUACCUCCGCCUCCCAGGUUCAAGUGAUUCUUCUGCCUCAGUCUCCCGAGUAGCUGAGACUACAGGCGCCCACCACCAUGCCUUGGUAAUUUUUUGUAUUUUUAGUAGAGACGAGGUUUCACCAUGUUAGCCAGGAUGGUCUCAAUCUCCUGACCUCAGGUGAUUCGCUCACCUCGGCCUCCCAAAGUGCUGGGAUUACAGGCAUGAGCCAACGCGCUUGGCCCAAUAUUUUUAAUUUUUAUGGACAUAUAACAGUUGUAUAUAUUUAUGGGUUACAUAGGUAUUUUGUAUAACAGUCACAUCAAGGUAAGUAGGGUAUCCAUCAACUCAAGCAUUUAUCAUUUCUUGUGUUGCAAACAUUCCAGUUAUACUCUUUCAGUUAUUUUUAAAUGUACAAUAAAUAUUGACUGUAGUUAUCCUGUUGUGCUAUCAAAUACUAGAUCUUAUUCUGUCUAACUAUAUUUUUGUACCCUUUAACCAUCUCCACUCCCUUCCCCACCACCACUAUUCUUCCCAGCCUCUGCUGGUAACUGGUAUUCUACUCCCUAUCUCCAUAAGUUCAGUUGUUUUAAUUUUUAGCUCCCACAAAUGAGUGAGAACAUAUGAAGUUUGUCUUUCUAUGCCUAGCUUCUCUUAACAUAAUUUCCUCCAGUUCCAUCCAUGUUGUUGCAAAUGACAGGAUCUCAUUCUUUUUAUGGCUGAAUAGUACUGCAUUGUGUAUAGGCAUCACAUUUUCUUUAUUCCUUCUCCUGUUGAUGGACACUUAGGUUGCUUUAAAAUCUUGGCUAUUGUGAACAGUGCUGCAGUAAACAUGGCAGUGCAGGUAUCUCUUCAAUAUACUGAUUUCCUUUCUUUUGGGUACAUACCUAGCAGUGGGAUUGCUGGAUCGUAUGGUAGUUCUAGUUUUAGUGUUUUGAGGAACCUCUCUAUUGUUUUCCGUAGUGGCUGUACUAAUUUAACAUUUCUACAAACAGUGUACAAGAGUUCCCUUUUCUCCACAUCCUUGCCAGAAUUUGUUAUUGCCUGUCUUUUGGAUUAAAGCCAUUUUAACUGGGGUGAGAUGAUACCUCAUUGUAGUUUUGAUUUGCAUUUCUCUGAUAAUCAAUGAUGUUGAGCACUUUUUUAAUAUGCCUGUUUGCCAUUUGUGUGUCUUCUUUCGAAAAAUGUCUAUUCAGAUCUUUUGCUUACGUUUAAAUUGAAUUAUUUGAUUUUUUUUUCUAUUGAGUUGUUUGAGCUCCUCAUAUAUUCUGGUUAUUAAUCCCUUGUCAGAUGGGUAGUUUGCGAAUAUUUUCUUGCAUUUUGUGGGUUGUCUUACACUUUGUUGAUUGUUUGCUUUGGUUGCCCAUACUUGUGGGGUGUUACUGAAAAAAUCUUUGCCCAGACCAAUGUCCUGGAGAGUUUCCCCCAUGUUUUCUUUUAGUAGUUUUAUAGUUUGAGGUCUUAGGUUUAACUCUUUAAUUCAUUUUGAUUUGAUUUUUGUGGUGAGAGAUAUGGGGGUCUAGUUUUAUUCUUCUGCAUAUGGAUAUUCAGUUUUUCCAGCACCAUUUAUUGAAGAGACUGUCCUUUCCCCAGUGUGUGUUCUUGUCGGCACUGUUGUCAAAAAUGAGUUCACUGUAGAUGUGUGGAUUUAUUUCUGUGAUCUCUAUUCUGUUCCAUUGGUCUGUGUGUCUGUUUUUUUUCCAGUACCAUGCUGCCACAAAAACAGCAAUGGUUGUCGUAUAAUUUGAAGUCAGAUAAUGUGAUUCUUCUAGUUUUGUUCUUUUUGCUUAGGAUGACUUCGGCUAUUCUGAGUCUUUUGUGGUUCCGUAUAAAUUUUGGGAUUACUUUUUUAUUUCUGUAAAGAAUGUCAUUGGCAUUUGAUAGGGAUUUGUUGGAUCUAUAGAUUGCUUUGAGUAGUAUGGACAGUAAUGCUCUUUUAAAAUUGCUUUGUUAAAAUAUAAUUUACAUACCAUGACAGCAUUCAUUUCAAGUGUAUAAUUCAGUUAUUUUUAGUAUAGUCACAGAUAGCUGCAACUGUGCAUCUAUUGAUGGACAGUUGGAUUGUUUCUACCUUUGUCUAUUGUGAAUAGUGCUGCUUUGAACAUUUGUAUACAAGCUUUUAAACACCUGUUUUCAGUUCUUUUGAGUGUAUAUCCAGGAGUAGAAUUGCUCUAUUACAUGGUCAUUCUAUGUUUAACUUACUGAGGAACCACUAAACUGUUUUCCACAGUGGCUGCACCAUUUUAUAUUCUCUCUAGCCUUUACAAAAUUCUCCACUUUUUGGCAAUGCUUGUCUUUUUUUUAAUUUUUUUUUAAUUGUAGUCACCCUAGUAAUUAUGAAGUAGUGUCUCAUUGUGGUUUUGAUUUGCAUUUCCCUAAUGACUAAUAUGUUUGAACAUAUUUCCUGUGCUUACUGGCCAUUUGUUGAUCUACGUUGGAAAAACAUCUAAUCAAGUCCUUUGCCCACUUAAAAAUCGAAUUGUUUAUCUUUUUGUUGUUGAACUGUAUAUGAUUUGCAGAUACGAUUUGUAAAUUUUUUUUUCAUUCUGUGGCUUAUCUUUUCACUUUUUUUUUUUUUUUUUUGGAGAGGGAGUCUCGCUCUGUCGCCCAGGCUGGAGUACACUGGUGCAACCUGGGCUCACUGCAAGCUCCGCCUCCCGGGUUCUCACCAUUCUUCUGCCUCAGCCUCCCGGGUAGCUGGGACUACAGGUGCCCGCCACCACGCCCGGCUAAUUUUUUGUAUUUUUAGUAGAGAUGGGGUUUCACCGUAUUAUCCAGGAUGGUUUCGAUCUCCUGACCUCGUGAUCUACCUGCCUCGGCCUCCCAGAGUGCUGGGAUUACAGGCGUGAGCCAAUCUUUUCACUUUUAAGUGUCUUUUGGUGUAUAAAGGUUUUAAAUUUUGAUGAAGUCCAAUUUAUUUUUUUCUUUUGUUGCUUGUGAACAACAGUGCACUUUUGAGUAAGAAACGUUCUGGAUUUUAGCUAAGUUGGAAGAAACGUAUUUAAUGGUGGUACUCCUAAGAAAUAAUAGGGAUUUAUCAAGGGUUUGUAUAUCUUCAGAUGUUCAAAAUUAUGUUGUUCUCUGAUGCUUAAUAUUUAUAUGAAACCCAUGGACUUAAUUUUUAAAAGCGUAAUCGAAUUGUGACUAAAACAGGAAUGAAAAAGCAGCCAAGUAGCAAUUUGAAAUGGGCUUCCUGUCUGUAAUAGAAUACUUCAUCUUUGUAUGAUUCCUUCUUGUUGCUAGGUUACCCGAAGGCCUUUCGGCUUUGAAUGGUGAGAAUAUGAGAGUUAAAAAUAUGUUGCUAUAUAGAUGUUUCUUCUUUUUUCAUCUCCAUAUAAUUAGCAAGCCCCUUGAAGCAAAAAUUACAGUUUUUCCUUCCAUGAGUUUCAAAAAGCAAAUUAUUUGUAAGUUUUUAAAUCAUGCAGAUGUGCUUAUGCUCAUGGGAGAAUUGGAUUUUCAGAAUGAAAGACCCAGUAAUUAUGGACUACUCAGUGUCCUUUAUCUGCAACCACUUAAUGAUCUUUAAUUGGAUUUGAUUGAAGCGAGGCCCAUGAACAUUAAUUUGGUUAAAAAAUACACAUGCUUUUGAGUUUCUUGAGCAAAGCUAACAUGUUUAUGAGGAAAGAUACAAACUAUCAUCUUGGUUAAAUCCAUGAUAAUUCUAUAAUAAAUUUGUAGCUGAAGUAAAAGACCCAAUAUUUAUUUGCUAAUAAAACUAUAAAGUAGAUAACAAGUAAUCAUAACAUUAUUGGCUCUUAUACAUGAAUGUACAGGGUAUCAUUUUGUUGCCAAAUGCAUUUUGCUUUAUGGUUUUACACUUAAAAAACUAUAACUUGAAAAAUAUUACAGGUAUCAGUUCUACUUUGUCAGAAAUGAGAAAUACCUGUGCAAGUCUGAAAACAGACCAUUGACAGAUUGUGUUAGAUAAGAUCUGAAUUAUUGCCCAGUGUGGCUAGGACAAAGCAUUCAUUUAAAGGCAAAUCAGUUGUCUUUUCUUUAUUAAGAAGCCAAGUCAUUAUUAUCCAUGCUUAUCCUUUAAAAGCAAUGAUUGUGAAUAAGUGGAUCAGGUGCCAAUUCUAGGUUCACACUCUCUCCCAGUGCUUGUUGAUUAGACUAUGCAUAUUACAAGGUUUGGGAUAGUGGUUCAGUAUCUUAGGAAAGUGUUUCCAUAGUCACGAAUACAAGGAUAAUGUGUUUGUUACAAGGCUGGCAUAUGUGUUGAGCUGUGCUAAGAAGCUCACCUAAAAUAGCCUGGAAGAGACUGCUUCUGAUGGCAGCAUAAGUCGCGUAAGCUGCAGCAGACAGCUUAUUUUAUUUUCUGUGUGGAAAUAAGGUUGCUUUUUGAUAUUUUUCUUUUUAAGAUUUGUGUUAGGAGUAUUCUUUUUCUUGAGGGGGAAGAACUGGUUUAAAAAUUUUUAAUACCACUUUUAAAGAAGACUCUCUUAAAUGAGUAGAGUUGGAUGGAGAAGGCUCACACCUCCCCCCAGCCACCAACCCCCAACCCUUUUUACAAAAUCAUUGUUAGUCUAGGCUUUUAUUUUGGAAUAGGGUGGCAGUUGUCAUUGGUGCUGCCGGAUCACACUGAACAAGUGUGGGUGGAGAGUUAGCUGAUGCUUAAGUUGCUGUGAGUAGGUAUAGCUUUCAGAGCAGUGUUUUUAUUUGGUACCAGGAUUACUGACAAUCAUGACUACUGGGAAAGAUAAAAAUUUCGACGAUGAAGAUUCUGUGGAUGGUAACAGACCUUCCUCUGCUAGUUCUACAUCAUCCAAGGCUCCACCAAGUUCUCGGAGAAACGUUGGAAUGGGAACCACCCGCCGGCUUGGUUCAUCCACCCUUGGAUCCAAGUCUUCAGCUGCAAAAGAAGGAGCUGGUGCUGUUGAUGAAGAGGAUUUUAUUAAAGCAUUUGAUGAUGUACCUGUAGUACAGAUUUAUUCCAGCCGAGACCUUGAGGAAUCCAUAAACAAAAUUAGGGAAAUAUUAUCUGAUGACAAGCAUGAUUGGGAGCAGAGAGUAAAUGCUCUAAAAAAGAUUAGAUCUUUACUUUUGGCUGGUGCUGCUGAGUAUGAUAACUUCUUUCAACAUUUGCGUCUUUUGGAUGGAGCCUUUAAACUCUCUGCUAAGGACCUGCGGUCUCAGGUAGUGCGGGAGGCUUGUAUCACGUUGGGGCAUCUGUCAUCAGUUCUGGGGAAUAAGUUUGACCAUGGAGCUGAAGCCAUUAUGCCAACUAUCUUUAAUUUAAUUCCAAACAGUGCCAAAAUUAUGGCCACAUCUGGUGUUGUAGCUGUUAGGUUAAUUAUUCGGCACACACACAUCCCUAGGUUAAUACCUGUCAUAACAAGCAACUGUACCUCUAAGUCUGUCGCAGUUAGAAGGCGCUGUUUUGAAUUUUUAGAUUUGCUUUUACAAGAAUGGCAGACACAUUCACUAGAACGACACAUAUCGGUAUUAGCUGAAACAAUAAAGAAGGGAAUACAUGAUGCUGAUUCCGAAGCAAGAAUAGAAGCCAGAAAAUGUUACUGGGGUUUCCACAGUCACUUCAGCAGAGAAGCAGAGCACUUGUACCACACCUUGGAGUCCUCCUACCAGAAAGCCCUGCAGUCCCACCUGAAGAACUCAGACAGCAUAGUGUCUCUGCCUCAGUCAGACCGCUCGUCUUCCAGCUCUCAAGAGAGUCUAAAUCGUCCGCUGUCUGCCAAAAGAAGUCCUACUGGAAGUACCACAUCUAGAGCUUCUACAGUUAGUACCAAAUCUGUGUCAACGACUGGGUCCCUCCAGCGAUCUCGAAGUGAUAUUGAUGUGAACGCAGCAGCCAGUGCCAAAUCCAAAGUCUCCUCAUCUUCGGGCACGACGCCUUUCAGCUCUGCAGCAGCUUUGCCUCCAGGGUCAUACGCAUCCUUAGAGUCCAGACACAUGAGGGAAGACAUGGAGUACAUAGGCCUGGACUCAGAUGGUACUACCACUAAAGCGGAGGGUCGGAUCCGCACAAGACGGCAAAGCUCUGGGAGUGCCACCAACGUCGCCUCUACACCUGAUAACCGGGGCCGCAGUCGCGCUAAAGUGGUUUCACAGUCCCAGCGAUCCAGAUCUGCUAAUCCUGCUGGUGCUGGCAGCCGGUCAAGUUCCCCAGGAAAAUUGUUGGGAAGUGGUUAUGGUGGACUUACUGGGGGCUCCUCACGAGGCCCACCUGUGACACCGUCUUCAGAAAAGCGAAGCAAGAUUCCCAGGAGCCAGGGAUGUAGCCGGGAAACAAGUCCAAACCGAAUAGGAUUAGCACGGAGCAGCCGUAUCCCUCGACCCAGCAUGAGUCAGGGGUGCAGCCGCGAUACCAGCCGUGAGAGCAGCCGAGAUACAAGCCCUGCUCGGGGCUUUCCUCCACUUGCCUCUCGACGUCAUUCCAGGUCCACUAGUGCUCUCUCCACUGCUGAAUCUGUUGGGCAGUCAGAUCGGUUUGGGCUUGGCCAGCCAGGAAGAAUACCUGGUUCUGUGAAUGCCAUGAGAGUUCUGAGCACAAGUACAGAUCUUGAAGCUGCUGUUGCCGAUGCUUUGCUGUUAGGAGACUCCAGGAGCAAGAAGAAGCCUGUGAGGAGGAGAUAUGAGCCGUAUGGGAUGUAUUCUGACGAUGAUGCCAACAGUGAUGCCUCAAGUGUUUGCUCUGAGCGCUCAUAUGGCUCCAGGAAUGGUGGCAUUCCCCAUUAUCUGCGGCAGACUGAGGAUGUAGCAGAAGUUCUCAACCACUGUGCUAGUUCAAACUGGUCAGAAAGGAAAGAAGGGCUUCUGGGCCUGCAGAACUUACUGAAGAGCCAAAGAACACUGAGUCGAGUUGAACUGAAAAGGUUGUGUGAGAUCUUCACUCGGAUGUUUGCUGACCCUCAUAGCAAGGUUUUCAGUAUGUUUUUGGAGACUCUUGUGGAUUUUAUAAUAAUUCAUAAGGAUGAUUUACAAGACUGGCUUUUUGUUCUUCUCACACAAUUACUUAAGAAAAUGGGAGCAGAUUUACUUGGAUCUGUGCAAGCAAAAGUUCAAAAGGCUCUAGAUGUCACAAGGGACUCCUUUCCAUUUGAUCAACAAUUUAACAUUUUGAUGAGAUUUAUUGUGGAUCAAACUCAAACUCCAAACCUCAAGGUCAAAGUUGCAAUCCUGAAAUACAUUGAGUCUCUGGCCAGACAGAUGGAUCCAACAGAUUUUGUAAACUCUAGUGAGACAAGGCUUGCUGUUUCUAGAAUCAUAACCUGGACAACAGAACCAAAGAGUUCAGACGUGAGAAAGUCCUCACUUCAGCGUAGUCGAGUAGGUGAGGAUUUCCCCACUAGGUCAGCUUCAACCUGCUCUGGGCCUGGAGAAGGAAACUUGGAAGAAAGUUGUAAACAGGCAGCACAGAUUGUGCUAAUCUCUCUGUUUGAAUUGAAUACUCCUGAAUUUACCAUGUUACUUGGUGCCUUGCCAAAAACAUUCCAGGAUGGUGCCACCAAACUCCUGCACAACCACCUCAAGAAUUCCAGUAACACCAGUGUGGGCUCUCCAAGCAAUACGAUUGGCCGGACGCCCUCCCGACACACCAGCAGCAGGACCAGCCCCCUGACCUCACCCACCAACUGUUCCCAUGGGGGUCUGUCUCCAAGUCGGUUAUGGGGUUGGAGUGCCGACGGGUUAGCGAAGCACCCACCUCCCUUUUCUCAGCCUAACUCCAUCCCCACCGCUCCCUCCCACAAGGCUCUCAGGCGCUCUUACUCUCCCAGCAUGCUGGACUAUGAUACAGAGAACCUGAACUCUGAAGAAAUCUAUAGUUCUCUACGUGGAGUUACAGAAGCCAUUGAAAAGUUUAGUUUUCGAAGCCAAGAAGAUCUGAAUGAGCCAAUUAAACGAGAUGGCAAAAAGGAGUGUGAUAUUGUGUCCCGCGAUGGGGGCGCUGCCUCCCCUGCCACCGAGGGCCGGGGGGGUGGUGAGGUAGAAGGAGGCCGGACAGCUCUGGAUAACAAGACCUCACUACUCAACACCCAGCCUCCGCGCGCCUUCCCGGGGCCGCGGGCGCGAGACUACAACCCGUACCCCUACUCAGAUGCCAUCAACACCUACGACAAGACCGCCCUGAAAGAGGCUGUGUUCGAUGACGACAUGGAGCAGCUUCGAGACGUGCCCAUCGACCAUUCUGACCUGGUGGCUGACCUUCUGAAAGAGCUGUCCAACCACAACGAGCGAGUGGAGGAACGGAAGGGAGCCCUGCUGGAGCUGCUCAAGAUCACGCGGGAAGACAGCCUUGGUGUCUGGGAGGAGCACUUCAAGACCAUUCUGCUCCUGCUGCUGGAGACCCUUGGAGACAAAGACCAUUCAAUUCGAGCACUGGCGUUAAGAGUUUUGAGGGAAAUUCUGAGAAAUCAACCAGCAAGAUUUAAAAACUACGCCGAGCUGACGAUUAUGAAGACUCUGGAAGCCCACAAAGACUCCCAUAAGGAGGUGGUGAGAGCGGCUGAGGAGGCUGCGUCCACACUGGCCAGUUCCAUCCACCCGGAGCAGUGCAUCAAGGUGCUCUGCCCCAUCAUCCAGACGGCCGACUACCCCAUCAACCUUGCUGCCAUCAAGAUGCAGACCAAAGUCGUCGAGAGGAUCGCAAAGGAGUCAUUGCUGCAGCUCCUUGUCGACAUCAUCCCAGGCUUGCUGCAGGGUUAUGACAACACCGAAAGUAGUGUGCGUAAGGCCAGCGUGUUUUGCUUAGUGGCAAUUUAUUCCGUAAUCGGAGAAGACCUGAAACCUCACCUUGCACAGCUCACAGGGAGCAAGAUGAAGCUACUAAACUUAUACAUAAAGAGGGCCCAGACCACCAACAGCAACAGCAGCUCCUCCUCCGAUGUCUCCACGCACAGCUAAUGGCAGUACCUGUCUCUUGUGUAGACCUAGAAGCAAUCAGUGGUGCCUCUCAGAGACCUUUCCCCACCCCCUUCAUCGGCUGCCCAGUCAGUACAAGGAGGCCCACAAAUAUUUAUUACAAUCAGUAUUUUGGUCCCUUCCAGCUUUUCUGUAGAAUCUUACUGGUAUUGAAUGUAAAGGAAGCAAGGCCUGUAUUGCAGUCUUCAUACAAAACAAAAGGAAUAAGAACAGAAAAGAGCCAUACUGAAACAUGUCUUGUACAGCCUGCUGAGAUGGCGAAACCCUGUGUGUGGGGUGCAGUUUUUAAAAAUCAGAGCGCUCUAGCCACUACUUGGUAGAAAGUAGCAUUUUUUUUUCAGUUAAUAACAUAUUUGGGGGUGGGGUGGGGUGUUACUUUGUGUUCUUCCUCCUUAGCCUAUUUUCUUGUGCGUAUGGUCUGUGUGGGGCCCCUUUCACAGCUGACACCACGAAAGGUGAUAUAUCUUUAAGUUGUGUUCUGAGACCUACUAAAAAUGGGAAUCAAGUCUUGGCAAGAACAGUCUGAAGAUGGCCUUUUAACAAACGCUGGGAAUUUUGCUUGUCAUAUCCAGACUGGAGGCCGACUGCCCUGGCUUUCAGCGUAGAAUUGGGAGUGCACCCUGACAGUCUCCUUCCAGCCCUCCCUAAUCGACUCCACCGACAAGGUCCCUACCCCAGAGCUUCCAUGCAAAGGAAUUCUUCAAGUUUAAAUCUGGACACAAAAAUAAGAUAAAUGUAUGGCAUCAUUUAGGGAUGCCUGAGAUGGCAGUUCAUGAAGCACAGAAGAUAAAGAAGAAGUCUUUCAUCUUUACUGCUGAGAUCCUUGGGAACACUGUUGUCAUGGGGGCUCUGCCAAGACCCUCAUCUCUGGGCUACACGAUGAUUCAGAUUGAGCACCAACUUCUUUCCUCCCCUCCAAGUUCUGCCUAAGCCGUUCAGUUCUAACGUGGUCUCAAUUAAUCUGGUAAAUGGCAUCUUUACCAUCUUAGUUCUGACUUCUCAGUUUAAUGUGGAAUUAAGAGCCAAGAAAAGCCUAGAGAGACUGGAUAUCACAAUUUUUUUUUAAUUUUAUAAACUGAAGUAGUUCCUUGAAUGUCUGUUGAUGAAAUAGUCACUGUUUAAGGAAAAAAGUAAUUAUGAGGUGUAGCAGAUUGCAGAAAAACAGGAUUAGAAACACACUUAAAAAGAACACACAUUUACAGUCUCUCUUCCUCCUCAACGAACCACUAGGCCCCCUUGUUAAAAACACCUUUAGAGCCUAAUUACUCCAAUAAAAGUAACUAGAGGUUUGGAGUCUGGUUAAAUAAAUUCUGAGUAAAAUUCUUAAGCCAAAUGGAAAUUCUUAAUGCAAUCAUGAGGACUUCUAUCGUCUCUUACUGUUGUAUUAGAUCCUAUAAAUUGAACUGAUUUUUCCAUAAGGAAAAUGCUUCUUUUGAGAUUAAUUCUAAUAACGUAUUUGCUAUUCCAGUGCAGAGCCCACUGCAACUGCUAGGACUGAAAGCAGAGGCUGGGUGCCAGAGCACGUGAUUCUUAACAUCAUUUCCACAGACCCCUCUGCCCUGACCCUCUGGAUUGGAUGCAGGAAGCUGGGAAAGACUGAUGUUGAUUUGGAAACAUGCGCUGAAAAUGAAGGCCCCAUAGUGCAUAGGAACAGUAAAGCCAGGGUGCUGACGUGUGUGUGUGUGUGUGUGUGUGUGUGUGGUGUUGUGUGUGUUUGUGCGUGCACCCUACACAUGUGUGGUACCUCACUGCUGCUGUUGAGGGAACUUGAGGGACGCGUUUCAAGGGGUUGGGUAUUACUGACUAGCUUUGGCUCAAAAUAUAGCAGGACCAGGUCUUUUGUUGAUAAGUACUGUUUGUUUAUUAAUAUGUCAUUAAUGGUAUUUCUUUUUUACACUCUACAAGUGAAUUAGGGAGUCUCUUGUUGACCCCUCUGUUGCAGGAAUGUGCGUCGGGCUAGGUUAUCCAUGAGUUUCUUUAUUCCUAAUGCAGUUAGAAAGACCUUUCUCCUUGAGCUCUUUGACUCCCAGAAGGUCCCCCAGUCCCCAGUGUACUUAGAAAGGAUCUCGAACAUUGCUGGACGUCCUCAUAGUACUCACAAAGGGCUAGCCUUGAAUGUCACUCGCCCAGUCUUCAGUCUCCUGACUUAGAGAUACAAUCACGUCACAGGUCUCUUGGCCUCAAUCUGAAAACUGCUGCCGCCGCGCCGAGGAGACUCGCAUGCCGCCACCACCUCACUGGGAGGGCGCCGAGCCCACCGUCGCCCCCUAGACCCUGACAGCUGCAGCUGCCUUGCCUUGCCGCCGCCUCCCUGCAGGGCCCCUGUUCCAGUGAAAAACAGAACACAAAAGAGCAGAGCACCUAAGCCUGCCUCUGCCUCCCUGUCUACCUGACUGGCCAGGGCCCAAGACCCCUGCUGCUCCACUGCGGGGCUGGGCGGGCUGACUCCCUGCUUCCUCCAAGCUGCUGCCUCCCCUGCAGCCAGGGUCUGGGCAGGGUGCAGCCGGUCCUCGGGGCACGCAGCUUCCUUCAAGUACACUGUGUGUGCUUCCCGGACCUGCGGCGAUGCCACGGGCCUGCCUUUUCUAUGCGCCUCACUAGCUUACCACCCUGUGCAGGUAAUGCAACUGACUUUGUCUCAUCAGUCUUUUUCUUUCCCUGCCACCCUUUAUUUAUCAAGCAUAAUGUUACACUUUAAAGGACAGCAAAUAAGAACUUUGUAGAAUCCCACCAGGACUUUGCUAACAAUAAUGUUUGGAAAUAAAGAAAUGCUCUGAAAAAAUAUCAGCCACCAAAAUAGUUUUGUUGGCACUGUGUUCACACGCAUGGUCCCCACACCCCCAGGUUGGGUGGGUUUUUUUGUUUUUUGGGUUUUUUUUGGGGGGCUUUUUCAUGUUACAUCCAUAUCUGUAUUUAUAUCUUAUUUGUUUCACUUUCAAGUGUAUCAUGGCAAAUGUACAGAUUUUUUUGUUAAUAAUGUGCUAGGAUUUGCUAAAAAAGAAAACAAAAAAAAAAACCCUUUUGAGUUUGCCCUAGAAUAAAUGAGACUUAAUUCAA